AUGGCAUUUUCAAACCAAACACCAACAAUUGUUGUGUUAAAAGAAGGUACCGAUACUUCACAGGGCAAAGGUCAAAUUAUCACAAAUAUAAAUGCAUGCUUGGCAAUACAGGAUACAUUACGUCCAACAUUGGGUCCUUUUGGAUCGGAUAUUCUCAUAGUCUCAUCCAAUGGUAAAACCACCAUAUCGAAUGACGGUGCCACAAUCUUGAAAUUGUUGGAUAUUGUCCAUCCCGCUGCGCAAAUGUUGGUUGAUAUUUCUCGAUCCCAGGAUGCAGAAGUAGGAGAUGGUACUACAUCAGUGACGAUAUUAGCGGGAGAGUUGUUGAAAGAAGCCAAGGGGUUUAUCGAAGAUGGAUUAAGUUCAUAUUUGAUCACGAAAGCAUAUAGGAAGGCUUGUGAGUUGUGUGUUGAAAAGAUCAAGGAGCUUGCAGUUGACGUCAAGAAGGAGAAUGAUGAAGAGUUUAGAGAGUCCUUGGAAAAAUGUGCCACUACUGCUAUGUCGUCGAAAUUGAUUAGCAGCAAUUCGGAAUUUUUCACCAAAAUGGUUGUUGACGCUGUUUUGAGCCUUGAUCAAAAUGAUUUGGAUGAAAAGUUGAUUGGUAUUAAGAAAGUGCCUGGCGGUGCAUUGGAGGAUAGUAUGUUUGUUGAUGGCGUUGCUUUCAAAAAGACUUUUUCGUAUGCUGGGUUUGAACAACAGCCAAAGCUGUUUGUUAAUCCCAAGAUAGUAGCAUUGAAUGUGGAGUUGGAGUUGAAGGCAGAGAAGGAUAAUGCAGAAGUUAGGAUUGAUCAAGUCAAGGACUACCAAGCAAUUGUUGAUGCUGAGUGGCAAAUCAUCUUGAACAAGUUGGAAGCCAUCGUUGCUUCAGGAGCUAAUAUCGUUUUGUCCAAGUUACCUAUUGGGGAUUUGGCUACCCAGUACUUUGCAGAUAGAGAUAUUUUCUGUGCUGGUCGUGUAAGUAGUGAAGAUAUGGAUAGAGUUAUCCAAGCAGUUGGAGGACAUAUCCAAAGCACGUGUUCCAAGAUUGAGCCUCUGGAUUUGGGAACCUGUGCUAAAUUCGAAGAAGUACAAAUUGGUGGUGAAAGAUACAAUAUCUUCAAAGGGUGUCCUCAAGCCAAAACGUGUACUUUGAUAUUGCGUGGUGGUGCUGAGCAAGUUAUUGCAGAAGUGGAAAGAUCGUUGCAUGAUGCAAUCAUGAUUGUUAAGCGUGCCAUAAGCCAUCACGAAAUCGUUGCAGGAGGUGGUGCAAUUGAGAUGGCAUUGUCCAAGUACUUGCGUGAUUAUUCGCGCACUAUUGCUGGCAAACAGCAAUUGAUUAUUGGGGCAUUUGCCAAAGCUUUGGAAGUUAUACCUCGUCAAUUGUGUGAGAAUGCCGGGUUGGAUGCCAUUGAGUUGUUGAACAGGUUGAGAAGCGCUCACGCAAAGGGGGAUGUUUGGUGUGGGAUCGAUUUCCAAUCGGAAAACAUUGGCAACAAUAUGAAGAGUUUUAUUUGGGAGCCAGCAUUGGUGAAAAUUAAUGCUAUUGAAUCAGCCACUGAGGCGGCUACAUUGUUGUUAAGUAUUGAUGAGACUAUCACUAAUGAUCAACAAGGUGAACAAGGAGGUGCGCCCCAAGGAAGAGGAAGAGGUGCAUUCUAG